AGCCAUAGCAAAAGGGGGAGGAGAAAGAAGCUUUAUGAUGAAUGAGCCAUUGCUUCAUCAAGAAAAUCAACGGCCCCCUUUUCCAUCAUCUCUGCUCAUCUAUCUAUAUUUUGGACACUUCCUUUCCAGAUGGACUGCCAGGAUGUGGGAAUUCUCUGUGGGAUUGUAUAUGAUCAAUCUGUGGCCCAAUUCUUUAGUCCUUGCUGCUGUUUAUGGUGCUGUGGAGUCUGCUUCCACAGCUUUGCUUGGACCAGUAGUUGGAAAAUGGGUGGAUACGUUUACAUAUGUUAAGGUUCUCAAGCUAUGGUUGUUAAGUCAAAAUCUCUCGUUUAUCAUUGCCGGGGGUGCAGUGGUUGCGCUUCUGGUUUGGGAAGAUUUGAUGUCAAUCAACUUCUCGGCAUUCAUGUUACUCGUAAUACUGAUCAAUGUCUCUGGAGCUGUUGCAAUGCUUUCCACUCUGGCAGGAACGAUAUUGAUCGAACGAGAAUGGGUAGUGGUGAUAUCAGAAGGCCAUCCUCCUGCACUGCUGACAAACAUGAAUUCGAUAAUAAGGCGAAUCGAUUUGAUCUGCAAGUUAUUUGCCCCUGUCGUUUCGGGGUUCAUCAUAAGUUUUGUCUCCCUAACUGCAUCUGCUAUGGCUCUAGCCCUGUGGAAUAUCGUAUCGGUUUGCCUAGAAUACUGGCUUCUAACAUCGGUGUUCUUUGGGAUUCCGGCUUUAAGAGAAAGCAGUGAAAGAAGGGUCUUAAGAUCCUUGCCAAACAACACAGAAGAACGCCCCUCGGUUCAUCAUGAACAGGAAAGCUCGGUUAAUUUGGAUAGGAAUGCAUCUGCAGAGACAUCUAACAGCAGCUGGUGGAUAAAAAUAAGCGAUCACGUGUCAAGAAUUCCUUAUAUCAGUGCUUGGAAAGUGUACUUGCAGCAAGAUUUAGUUAUCCCGGGAUUAGCUCUUGCGCUGCUCUAUUUCACAAUCCUCAGCUUUGGAACUUUAAUGACUGCUACGCUAGAAUGGGAAGGCAUACCUGCAUAUAUCAUUGGCAUUGCCCGGGGGAUAAGCGCAGCAAUAGGAAUUGCUGCUACGUUUCUGUACCCCGUCUUGCAAUCCCAGAUUUCAACCCUUCGAACAGGGCUAUGGUCAAUCUGGUCUCAGUGGAGCUGCCUCCUGGUAUGCGUAGCGUCCAUAUGGAUGCACGAUAAGCUCGUAUCAGCGUAUAUGCUUAUGGCGGGAGUAGCUGCAUCGCGCCUGGGGCUAUGGAUGUUCGACUUAUCAGUCAUUCAGCAAAUGCAGGACCAUGUUCCCGAGAACGAUCGUUGUGUGGUAGGAGGGGUUCAAAACUCGCUACAAUCUAUAUUUGAUCUGAUGACUUAUCUCAUGGGCAUUGUCAUAUCAGAUCCCCAGGAUUUUUGGGAGUUGAUAUUGUUGUCCUUUGUGCUGGUGACACUGGCGGCCAUUUUGUACAGUAUACACAUCUAUCGUGUGAGGAAGCACCUCUUCCAUUUUGAGAAAUUGCCUAUUAUUGGUAGGCAUUUCUAUUAUUCAAAUAGAGUAAAUUAGAUAGUUGUUUUUCUUUUUUAAUUG